AGCUCACAGACCCGGAUUGCUGGUGGGCAGGCCGGCCACAGCGAAGGGGCACCACGGUGUUGGCGUGCAACCAGCUAAGAGCACUGGGAGUAUGAGGCUCUGGCUUCCAUUGGCCACUCACUUGUGAUCUUUCCACCACGGCGGCAGAGCCUUCCAGACCGACCUCCUGCCGUGUGGUGAUCUACCUACAGCGGGAGAUGUCAGGAGACACCUGUCUGUGCCCACCCUUAGGGGCCAAGCCCAAGCCCAGCGGCUUCAAGGGAGGGGGCCUGGGGAACAAAUACGUCCAGCUUAAUGUGGGUGGCUCCUUGUACUACACCACCGUGCGGGCACUGACCCGGCAAGACACCAUGCUCAAGGCCAUGUUCAGCGGACGCAUGGAAGUGCUGACCGACAAAGAAGGCUGGAUCCUCAUUGAUCGGUGUGGAAAGCACUUUGGCACCAUUUUGAAUUACCUCCGUGAUGACACCAUCAUCCUCCCUCAAAACCGGCAAGAAAUCAAGGAAUUGAUGGCUGAAGCAAAAUAUUACCUCAUUCAGGGACUGGUGGACAUGUGUCAAACAGCACUGCAGGACAAGAAGGACUCAUACCAGCCCGUGUGCAACAUCCCCAUCAUCACAUCCCUGAAGGAGGAGGAGAGGCUCAUUGAAUCCUCCACCAAGCCCGUGGUGAAGCUGUUGUACAAUAGGAGCAACAACAAGUAUUCCUAUACCAGCAACUCCGAUGACCACCUGCUGAAAAACAUCGAGCUGUUUGACAAGCUCUCCCUGCGUUUCAAUGGCCGUGUGCUCUUCAUCAAGGACGUCAUUGGUGAUGAGAUCUGCUGCUGGUCCUUCUACGGCCAGGGCCGUAAGCUGGCAGAGGUGUGCUGCACCUCCAUCGUGUAUGCCACAGAGAAGAAGCAGACCAAGGUGGAAUUCCCUGAGGCCCGAAUCUAUGAGGAAACUCUCAAUGUUCUGCUCUAUGAGACCCCCCGAGUCCCUGACAACUCCUUGUUAGAGGCCACCAGUCGCAGCCGCAGCCAGGCUUCACCCAGCGAAGAUGAGGAGACCUUUGAACUGCGCGACCGGGUCCGCCGCAUUCACGUCAAGCGCUAUAGCACUUAUGAUGACCGGCAGCUCGGGCACCAGUCUGCCCAUCGUGACUGACAGGAACUUCAGGGAGUCAGGGCACAGGAUGCUCUGUCUCCCUUCCUGUGGAACCCUGCCCCACUGGCCAGCCCACGUUGCUGUUGGCUGGGUCUCUGCUCCAGCACCCAGCGACAUGCCAGGCCAUGCCUGGGAGGCCGGAGAGCCUGAGCAGGGGAGGGACCACAUUCUUUCACCAUGCUCCCUAAGUACUUCAAGAUGACUGGGUCCUGACAUGCCCCUGGGGUGAAUGGCUUGGCCUGUCGUCCUUCCUUGGCCUUUUACUGAGAACUCCUUUCCUCUAUUGAAGGGGUAUGCGCCUUAUGCUCAGCUGAGGCCCAUGGAGAAUGGGUUCAUUCUGUAGGAAAGGUGGUUUCUGGUGCUGUGGAGGCCCAGUUUCGCACAAAAGGUAGGGCUCUUUUUAUCAAUCACAGGCUGGAUAAGCUUUAAAAAAAAAAAAAAAGGAAAUGAAUAGUUUUUGAGUCUAAUAAUGAGACUUAAGUAUUUCUGCUACUCCUCCAGGGUGCCUUAUCCUGAAUUUUAUAGAACUCUUAGCCCUUUUCAAAGCCUUGCAUAUCUUUCUUUAAAGCACUUUGUUCUUUUAUUCAGGAUAUUUGUAUUCUGCCUUGAACCAUAUCAUCUUUUUGUAACCAGAACCCCCUCUUCCUGCAGAAUCAAAUAGAGGGAAGAGGGGUAGAAGAAGCAAUAAAAAGCUGGUCAUCUUUGGCUUUCUCAGGCUCACCAAGCAGCCAGCUCAAGAGUGCUGAGGAGGAAAAUAUAAGGUGGGAGACUGCCGAGCUGGUUGUAGUGGCUCUGCCUGAGGCAGGCAGACAGGGCUUCAGGUUCAAAGCCUGUUCUCCCCAGAAACUGGUGGUUCACUGCUCAGGAAGGAAAUGUAAGGUGGGACUUGAGGUCCUAAUAAUGUUCCUAUGAGGAAAAAAAAAAACCCUUUACCCUACAUCAUAGGCACAUAACUCUUAACUCUGCCCUCACUUCCAAGGCAUGCUGUCCUCACUGUAAAGCUAACUUCCCAUUUUAGAGGCCAAUAUUUGCUUGAAGUCAGGACUUGAUGAUCAAACCUUUCCUUGUAUGCCCAACUGCUGAGGACAGGGAGCUCCAAGCCCUUCAUUUCAGGUAGCCUGUGGGGAGUUGGCACCUGCUUUGCCACAUCUUACCGCCCCCCCCCCCCCCCCCCUGUGCACGCGCACACACACACACACACACACACACAUCUAUGCUGUUGGUUUAGUGUCCUGGCUAUUGAUGGUGCUUCUGUCACAUGAGUCUCUAAACAUGGCCUAGCCCCCUUAAAGGCCGCCUUCUUGCCUUUCUUGGAAUGAUUUAGUGGAGACGCCUAGCACCAACUAUUAAGACAGGAUUCAUCUUCAGGGCUUUGGUUUUCUUUCCUUUCUGGUUGAUAUGUCUCUUGAGAGGCUGCUUAUCUGAAUUAUUUUCCAGAGGAAUGCCUACAGGGAGGUGGUUUUUCUUUUUGCCUUCUUAAAGCAGCACAAUCACUUGGCUGGUAAGGGAUUAAGAUUAUCAAAUUCACCUCUUGACCACUUGUAAUAUAGCUAAGUGGAUACUCAAGCUUGCCCACCAGUAGAGCUUUUGGGCAAAUGCCAAGUCCUGGGCUAGUAGAUAUAAGGACCUGAAAUGACAUAAUGGAGCAAGGGGGAAAUUAGGCUCUAAUCAGGCAGUUUUGCACAUAAGGCAGACUUGAAUGUAUAAAAUCUUUCACGUGAGGCACCUUCGUGAUUAGCUACCAACAGUUCUUCCUACCCUCAGUGGAAUUUUGUGGGCAGAUUCUGGCACUGGCUUUGUGGUUUUCUUGCAAAGACAGCAUUGCUUCUGGCCAUCUUAGGCCAGUGGCCCAUUUCUACCCCCCCCAAGCUUUAUCACUUAAAAGUCCCAAGCGCCCCACUGAGAUAUUUUAAUGUUUGUCCUUCCAGCCCUGUAUUAUCAGUGUAUUUCCUGCUUUGACAUUCAGAUCCUCAGUUGUCUCAAUAGUGACUGAUCUCUUUCUCAGAUACCACAAGUCUGGAGGACUGGACACUUUACACCUCUGGAAAGUUUUCCUUGAUCUUAAGAAAAAUACUAAUAUUAAACUUGCUGAAGCAAUCUUAACUUCUUUAAUGGAAUUUUGUAGCAUAAGGGUGUGGAAUUUUUAGUUUUCUAAACCAAUUUAGAAAACAGCUAUUAGUAGGUGAAUUUUUCAACUCAGUUCGAAGGGAAAGUGUGGGUGGCAAACCUUAUCUGUUUCUGAGAAAACUAGCAGCUUGCUAUCACAUGUACAAGUACUGGAUUUCAUUCAAUUUGGUGUCUAAGGGCAGCCAGAAAGAUGGCACAACUUCUGGCUUGAGAGAACUUCUGUUUUGUUUCCAUGUAACUGUAGAUGAUAGAAGAUAGAUGAUAGAAACAAACACUAAUUUCUAAUAAAAUUGUGUAUUACA